AUGAGGACAGGUCUUGGAGGCAAAAGUCUAGUUGACCUCGAGUUAGCCAAUCCAAAUAUCCUUCCACCUAUCUUUCCUGCGCAUAAAAUUACGACAGGCGAUAUUGUUGGUUUAGACGAAUACAAAAAGGACAAGAGCGCUAAACAGCCCCCUCGGUGGUCUGGUGUUGUGCUUCGAGUAACCGAUGUUAAAAUCAUUGUAGCCAUGCAAGAAAUGGAAGAAGACUUGCCAACUGAAGUUCAGGAACGCUGUCAAAUUGUCAAACUUGCCAAUAGUAUCACUUAUGAACGCAUGUUGAAAGGACUUGAGAUCUUACAAGCAAAAUGUGAGCAAGGAGGAAACAGUUUGAUGAAUGUAUUAUUAGGACAAAGUAGUCCAUCUGUGCCUCAAUCAAUAGACGUAGAGUUCUUUGAUGAGACUCUAAAUGAUUCGCAGAAAGAGGCUGUUCGUUUUGCUCUUGGUUCCCCCGAGAUUUCUUUGAUCCAUGGCCCCCAGACAGGCAAAACGUACACGCUUGUUGAAAUCAUUCGUCAAUUGUCUGUUAAACAAAACAAAAGAGUGCUUGUGUGUGGUCCAUCAAACAUAUCUGUUGACAACUUGGUGGAAAGAUUAGCUCAGCAUCGUCUGAAUAUCGUACGUGUAGGACAUCCUGCUCGUGUAUUGCCUUCAGUGAUAGAUCACACACUUGAUAUCAUUACACGUACUUGUGACUCAGGCAAAAUUGUCUCUGAAGUACGUCAAGAAAUGGACGAGACACUUGCCAAGAUUAGAAAGUCAAAAAACAGAUCAGAAAGAAGAGCAAUGUAUAGUCUUGUUAAAGAUCUUCGGAAAGACUAUCGAGUAAGAGAAAGAAAAGUGGUGGAUGAAGUCUUGAAUAAUGCUCAAGUAACCAUCUCUACCUUAAAUGGUGCAGCAAGUCGGAAUAUGGUCAACAAAGAAUUUGACGUAGUUAUUAUUGACGAAGCAACACAGGCAUUAGAGGCAGAAUGUUGGAUUGCCUUGUUGAAAGCUAAAAAAGCGAUAUUGGCAGGAGAUCACCUCCAAUUGCCUCCAACUGUCAAGACACCCAUUAAAUUUACUGAUACAAAGAAAAAGAAAAAGGGGCUCUCCACAGACAGUGAUCUGUCUACUACUCUCUUUGAUCGUUUGCUUAACAUGUAUGGCAACCAAAUCAAACGUAUGUUAUUAGUUCAAUACCGUAUGCAUCAGAAAAUUAUGGAAUUUAGUUCCAAGGAGCUUUAUGGAAAUAAGCUGGUCGCAGAUGAAAUUGUAGCUUCCCAUGUCUUAGCUGAUUUGCCUAAUGUUGAAGAGACUGAAAAUACAGAAGUACCAUUAGUCAUGCUAGAUACAAGUGAUACAGGUCUUUCUCAUGAAACAACCGACGACAAUCAAGAAGAACAAAGUAAAUCCAAUGAACUGGAAGUUGAACUCGCAAUGGCUCAUGUGCGUACUUUGUUGGAAGAUGGUUUGAGCCAAGAUCAAAUUGGUAUCAUCACACCUUAUGCAGCCCAGGUAUCAAAAUUAAAGCGAGACGUACGAGAACAAUGGCCAGGCAUUGAAAUAGGAACAGUCGACGGUUUUCAAGGUAGAGAAAAAGAAGCUAUCUUGCUUUCUCUUGUGAGAUCAAAUGAAACGGGUGAAGUUGGUUUCUUAGUUGAAAAACGAAGAUUAAAUGUGGCUAUGACAAGAGCAAAAAGACAUUUGUGUGUCAUUUGUGAUUCAGAUACUUUGUUAGGAACUAAAGGCGGCAGUGCUUCUGCUUCUCGUUUUGAUGGUGGGUUUUUAAAACGGUGGAUGGAAUAUUUAGCAGAAGAGUCUGACUUGAGAUAUAGUGAGUUUAUAACUGCUUAA